CCGGCUCCAGUGCCCGGGCCUCCGGCGGUGGGUGCUGUCGUCCUCCUCCGCUCCGCCGUCCCGCCCCGUCCAGCCCGGGCCGCCCGGCUCCCGCAGGCCCCAUCGCCCGCGUUCCUAUGGACAGACGCACAGACACCUGCAGGAAAGACGCUGCUGAUCCUGUAACAUGGAGGAUUGUCUUCAUACCUCAUCUGAGAAUCUGUCCAAAUUGGUCAGCUGGGCCCACAGCCAUGGGACCAUUUGCAGCCUCAUUCCAAACCUGAAACACUUGCUUUCUGAAGGUUCCCAUGGGAACCUGACUGCAAUGUGGGGCUGUAGUGCUGGCCAUGCUUACCACUGGCCACUAACAGCUACUUGCAGAGCUGGGUCCCAAGAGAGGGUUUGUUUCCAGGACAACCGAAGUUUUAAUUCUGAUAGUCCCAGUAUAAUUGGGGUUCCUUCUGAGACACAGACUAGCCCCGUGGAAAGAUACCCUGGGAGACCUGUGAAGGCAAAGCUGGACUGUAACCGUACCAGAGACUCUUGUGACUUCUCUUACUGCAGUGAGCCCUCUGAACUGGACGAAGCUGUUGAGGAGUAUGAAGAUGAAAACACACUGUUUGACAUGGUUUGCGAAUCUUCUGUUACAGAUGAGGACAGUGACUUUGAACCCCAAACUCAGAGGCCUCAAAGCAUUGCUCGCAAAAGGCCAGGAAUAGUCCCAUCUUCCAUCCAUUCAGGUUCCCAGGGACAGAUGGUUGAUGAGUGCAGUAAUGAUGUCAUCAUCAAGAAAAUCAAACAAGAGAUUCCAGAAGAUUACUACAUUGUGGCAAAUGCGGAGCUGACUGGAGGAGUGGAUGGACCAGCUCUUUCAUUGACACAGAUGGCAAAGCCCAAGCUUCAAACUCAUGCUGGUCCCUCCUGUGUAGGGUCUGCUAAACUGAUUUCCCAUGUAACGUCUGCCAUCAGUGCGGAGCUAGACCCACACAUUAUGUCCGCAUCCCCCUCUGUGAUCUCCAGGCCGAUCAUCCCAAAAACUGCUAGGGUGUCUCUGGCUUCACCAAACAGAGGACCCCCUGGCACUCAUGGCACCGGCCACCAGGUGACCAUGCAGAUGCCUGUGAGCACAUCACAUCCCAACAAACAGAUCAGUAUCCCUUUGUCUGCCCUUCAGCUGCCUGGACAGGAUGAGCAGGUUGUUUCGGAGGAGUUCCUGCCUCAUUUACCUAGCCAAGUGUCAUCUUGUGAGGUAGCCCUUUCUCCCUCGGUUAACACAGAGCCUGAAGUGAGCUCCAGUCAACAGCAGCCCCCUGUUGCUCCAACCAUAACCACUGAAGCCAGUGCACAGUGCAUUCCAGACCAGGAUGAAAGAGCAGCUGAGCUCAGCAGGGAGCAGAACGAGAAAACCAUCCGGAGCACGCAGACCGCGCUCCGCAAUUUCCGGGAGUUCCUCAUCUCCAAGUACCCUUCCGAAACCAGAGAGAUCUAUGUCAUCCCUUGCAAGGAGCUAGAUGCCUACCUUGCCUCCUUCUUCGUGGAUGCCAGGCAGAAGGAUGGGUCUGAGUACGAACCCAACAGCUUGGCGAAUUACCAGUGUGGGCUGGAACGGUACCUGAAAGAGCACAGGUAUGGCUACAGCAUCACCAGGGACAAGGAGUUCAAGCGUUCCCAGGAGGCCCUGAAACAGAAGCAGAUUGAGCUGCGCUGCAAAGGAAAAGGAAACAAGCCACACAAGUCCAUGAAGCUCACCUUUGCCGACGAGCUCAUACUGCGGAAGAGAGGACUGCUGAGCAGGUAUAACCCCGAGGGACUGCUCAACCUUGUCUGGCUCAACAAUACAAAAGCUUUUGGGCACUGCACGGGCUUCCAUGGAUCCACCUUGAAAUGGGGCGACAUCCGGCUCCGGGUCACGGAAACUGGGCUCGAGUAUUUGGAAUGGAUGGGUCAGGACACUGGUGAUCUGAAUGCUAAAACCAAGAGAGGAGGGACAGACUCACGAGUUUAUGCCACCCAGCAUGCCCCGCAGACCUGCCCGGUGCAGGACUAUAAAGAGUAUGCCCAGCGGAGGCCUCCCGCAAUGCGCUAUGAGGAUGCCCCUUUCUACUUGUCCAUCAAGCCAGUUGUGAACUUGGCGGCUCUGCAUUGGUAUAAUUGCCAGGCCCUUGGCAAGAAUAAGCUGGCCAAGAUGGUGAAGACCAUGUGCGAGAAAGGCAACAUCCCAGGCAGAAAAACCAACUUCAGUGUCUACCAGAGCUGUAGCACCUUGUCUGAGGCCCAGAGCAACCAGCUGGUGCUCAUCUGCAACAACUUGAGCCAGCAGGCGGCCCAGUCGGUUGCUGGCCACUCCAACAGCAGCAAUUUCAUUGUCUCCUCUUACGACUCUUCCUCAGACACAGCUUGACCAGGUGGCUUGCUCAAGACCUCACUUUGGUUUCUGUGUCCCAAGAAACUAUCAUUGUGUACUGCGUUUCGUCGCCUUUCACCUGCCCUCAGUGUUAACUUUAUAAAAUGCAAAUCUAUAUUUUUCUUUUUACAGAUAAGCCAAUGGCAAUAGUUUAGUAUCACUAACGCAGUAUUUAUAGGCUUGAGACAAAUAAGUGUGCUUGUGGGUGAUUACAUGUAAUUGCUCUUACAGACUUGGCAAAACCAUAGUGGUUCUCAGGCAAUGGUAGAGAAAGAAUUCCGUUUUUAAAAACCUGUAAGAAAGGAAACCCAGAGUCAUUCAAGAUAUUGUGUCCUCCUCACCUCCUGCUUUUAAUCCCCUUUAUAGAUAGAUUUAUUUUUUUAAUUUUUUAAAAUUCUAUAUGAAUCUGGAGGAGACAACACCUUUACUGCUCAUGCAGAAUGUUGAAAGGGUGUCAAGCUCAGUGUCAAGUUCUUUGCAAAUAUUUUAGUGUAGGUUCAAAUCCUGAGCCUCAAUUUUCAACGUUUAUGGAGAUCCCAGUGCGUAAAGAUCUUUUCUUUGGGGGUUGGGAGCAGAAGGAGGAAUAAAGGUGCCAUUCUUUUUUGGAAGAUGUCUCAUUUUUAAAUUAUAU